AUGUCCCAGGUCAGCACUUCCUGUUCUACCAGGGUCUUUGGCUACAGAGGAGUGGGCUGCUUUAGUAGCAGGAGCCUGGGUGGUGCCAGCUCUUACAGCUCCAGGAUCGCUGUCGGCAAUUGCCUGCCACCGAAGUGCAGAUAUGGGUAUCAGGGUAUCGGUACCGGUGGAUAUGGCUAUUGUGGCUUCAGAUAUGGCUAUGGUUUCAGGCGUGCUGGGGUCUGCACACCGUGUUCCCCUGGCAUCACCCCUAUUGCAUGCAAUGAGACAUUACUGCAACCUCUCAACCUCGGAAUGAACGCCAUGGCCCAAGCGGUGAAAUGCCAAGAGAAGAAUGAAAGUCAGUGCCUCAGUAGCAAGUUUGCCUGUUUCAUUGACAAGUACCAGGAGUUGAGAACGACUGCAGCCAAACACUGUGACAACCUGCGCAGCGUCAAGGAAUAACUUAGCAAGCUGACAAGAGCAGUCCAUAGGCUGGAGGUAGAAGUUUCAAAUGUCAAAUGCCAGCAAGCGAAACUGGAAGAGGAGGUAGCUGCGGCUGAUGACCGUGGGGAGAUGGCUGUGAAAGAUGCCAAAUGCAAACUGGCUGAGCUAGAAGAUGCCCUGCACAAGGCGAAGCAAGAUAUGGCAUGCCAACGGCGAGAGUACCAGGAGGUAAUGAAUGGCAAGCUUGCCCUGGAUAUUGAGAUCGCCACCUACAGGAAGGUGCUGGAAGGGGAGGAAUGCAGAUUGGGUGAAGGAGAAUGUGGUGUGAACUUCUAUCCCUAUCAAGGAACCUGUAUUUUGCACAACCACCACACACUGGGUCAACAGCGGAACUGUGCGACAGAACUCUGGGAGCAACAGAACAUCAUUAAGGCUCAUCAUCCCAACGGAUGA